UCCUCCUCCUCCUCCCGCGGUACAGAAAUAGAAAGGUUUGGGCACUUCUAGUAGUGAGCGUGAGGACACAUCAGCAAAAUACAUCUGUCAAAGUUUUAACCAGACUCCGAGUCCGUGUGGUUAUCAAUAAAUCAGGAGAAAUCUUCACUUCGCUCAGCAGCAUCAGUCUGAAACCCAGCAGAGGAUAUUGCACAGUGUAGCAGGAGUUUGUAAAUAAUACAAGUUAAGUCAGAUUUCCGGGAAGUAUUAUCCUUCCAAUAAUACGUUUUGUCAGUUGUAAGAGCUAACUUGACACUUUCAAGCGUAAGAUUUUUUAAGGAAUGGCAUUGGACUUCGCUGCAGGCUGCAUAGGAGGUGCUGCUGGUGUUUUGGUCGGACAUCCAUUUGACACAGUGAAGGUGGGUGUGUGUCCUUCGUCAUCACUGUUUACUCACAUUAGGCAAUGGCAUGAUCCAAUACUUUGCUGUUAGUGUUGCAAGUUCGACCACUCUAAGUCAUCCUAUGAUAGAAAUGAGAUACUAUAUUUCAAGACCUUUUUUUUAUUUAGGUCAUGCAGAUUGUUUUCUGUUUUACAGUUGCAUUUCUGUAAUUCUAAACAGAUGUUUCUUUCAUGUGCCUUCCCCCCUAAAAAUCAGUAUUUAUCAGCAACCACAAGGACGUGCUCUCACUUCUUUUAUAAGUCAAAGAGUCAUUUAUUAUAGGUUUCUAUGUUACUGGCAUUUUACUGAAUAACGUUGGCAUACAGCUACUAUCUAAUGGGUCAAAUAAAACAUUGUGCAUGGUUUUCCAACAUUGCAUUUUAUGAUUUCCUAAAAUGAACCAUGACUUAUAAGAUUGCAUUGGAUUUGCUGUGAUCAUUCACUUGAUUUAUUUGAAAAGGCAAGAAAGUAGCAUUUGUUGCACAAUUGUUUGUAAUUGCAACAUCCACCUUGGAUUAUACAGAGAUGGUCAAUGGUCUGGUUUUAGCUCUUUUAUGCCUUUUUGCUUUCAAUGUCAUUUCUCCCUGAGCUGUUGCUGGGUCUUUGACAGCAACAGUGUCGCUGUGUUGUAGAUGAGAGAGAGAAAUAAACAACCUUUCCAUGGAAAUGUGACCUAGUGAGACUUCAAGUUCAAAAUGUGGACAGACCUCUCUACCGUGGGACAUACCACUGCUUCCAGUCAAUCAUACGCCAGGAGUCGAUGCUCGGUCUGUACAAAGGCAUCGGCUCUCCGAUGAUGGGCCUGACCUUCAUCAAUGCCAUAGUGUUUGGCGUCCAGGGCAACGCCAUGCGCAAGCUUGGCCGUGACACGCCCCUCAACCAGUUCCUGGCUGGAGCCUCAGCAGGAACCAUCCAGUGUGUCAUUUGCUGCCCAAUGGAGCUGGCCAAGACGCGCAUGCAGUUGCAAGGGACUGGGGAGAAGAAGUCCACGAGGAAGCUGUAUAAGAACUCCCUGGACUGCCUGGUGAGAAUCUACAACAAGGAGGGAAUCCGAGGGAUCAAUCGCGGCAUGGUGACCACCCUGAUUCGCGAGAUGCCUGGUUUCGGUGUGUACUUUCUCGCUUACGACUCGUGGACCCGUUACCUGGGCUGUGAGCCGGAGGAUCCUUACAUGAUCCUCAAGCUGUUGUUUGCCGGUGGAAUGUCCGGCAUCGCUUCCUGGAUCUCCACCUAUCCCGUGGAUGUGAUCAAGUCACGUCUUCAGGCGGACGGGGUGGGCGGUGUCAACCAGUACAGUGGCAUUAUGGACUGUGUCCGACAGAGCUUAAAGAAGGAGGGGUGGAGAGUGUUCACACGCGGGCUCACUUCCACUUUGCUCCGCGCUUUUCCAGUCAAUGCUACCACAUUUGCCACUGUGACUCUAUUUCUGAUGUACAUGCGCGAGGGAGAAGAGUGUAGCAUUCAGGACUCGGAGCAUCAGCCUGUCCCGCUGCAGCCACAGACGCAGCCAACCAGCCUGUGAGCUUUACUACAGUCAGCAGCAGAUGUGACGACAGGAAGAUGAAAUAUGAUUUUUAACGUAGGUCUAUGAUCUGUUAACUGGUGUCCGUAAUGGGGAAAGGUAAACUGAUCCAAGGUAAGACCAUGGAGCUUCAGCCAAGUGACCACAUGUAUUAUUUAAAUAAUAUAUAUAUAUUUUAAGAUAACGGCUGCACUUGUAAAUAUGGCAUGGUUUUUUUUUACAUUUUUUUUUUUUAGUUUUUAAGUAAUUUAGGACUGUUACAUAAGUUACUAAAACAUACAGUGUCAGAUACAGAUGUUUCUAAAAGUUUGAGUAAAAGAAGUACUGUCUUUAAUACUGUGCGCUAGAGUAGCAACUGUUUAGUGACUUAUCCAUUGGGGGGGGGCUUCAAUUCAAAAAUGGCAGAAAGUACUGUUUUCAGCCUCCAUGAUGCGGAUAUGUUCAGCUUUUCUGUUUCAGAUGAUAUUAAACAACACAUCUCUGGGUUCUGGACCGAGGAAACAAGACAUUUAAAGACAUCACGUUUGACUUUGAGAAACUGAAUACAGCAUCUCAAAAAAAGACGAUUAAAAAUGAAUCAAUACUUUGUUUUUGCAAGUUUCACUCACACACACAGUGUCUGUUUUUUAGAAUUUCACCUAUCCAUAUUGUGUCAUCCUCUCACUGUUUACCUCUAUGCAGUGUUAGCACCACAUUCAGCAUCUUAUUGUAAUGGUUACAAAUACAAACAAAUACAUAGUGUACAACUGUUGUAUUUUUUUCUCGGACUUUACAACCGUAGUUAAACGUUCCUAUGACAAGGUAAAGGGAUUAGAUAGAUGCAAAGAGUUGCUACAUUUGAUACAGUCGUCUACAAAUCAUGUGUAAUGUAUUAAACACAAUCAUUGUGCAAAACCAAAUCUGAUGCAGUCUUUUUGCUCUGGACAUUGUACAGUGUCCAGAGAAAGCACCUUAUGAUAUUGGGCACAUUUGCAGUUAAAAACUAUCAUUUUCUCACUUUAUAAUAGUUUUUAUAUUUACCAUUAAUGCAAGAUUAUGUGUCUGUCAUAAAAGUGGCUUUUUUAAAAGCCAAAACGUAAUUUUAAACCUUGUGCUACUUGUCGUUAGAUGUGAGAUACAAUAUUAACAGGCUCUACGCGUUGCACUGUGCAGACCAGCUGAGUUUUUGAAGUGCAAUAGUCAGUUGUUAAAAGCCUACUAUUCAGCCAAAAAAAACUAGGCUCUUCUUUCAAAGAUAGAACUAUACCAUUUGCUACUGAUAGUGAAGUCUCUGAAUCUAGCCCCUUAGAUUUAUCAGUAAUCUUUGGAAAAGCAAAGAGAAUUCCCACACACUGUUGUGAAAUGUAGUGACUAACUUCUGGUCCUUUAUCCAGCGGAGCAUUUGAAUUCUCUUGCCUUUUGACUUUUCCUCCUACACAGACCGGUUUCUACAAGACAUUGAGGUUAAGCAUCAGCCUUUACAGUUGAAUAAUCUUUGGACUAAUGAAAUCUGGUUAGGACCCCUUUGCUUUCCUCUCAAACCUGUCAUUAUAUAACCGAGUGAACAUACAGGGGCAACGUGACCUCUGUACACUGUUAACAGCUGCUCCAUUUCACAAACGUUUUCCAUUUAGCAUGGUUUAAAAUGUAAACUCAAACACAAAUCAUUCAUUUGUAAACCUACCUGCAGGAUACCAAGUAUCCCAAUUGCUGGACUUGUGAAGACGGCACACAUUUAUCUUUAUGUCUGCAGUACUAAACUUCUACUGCUGCUGCUGUAACUUAUCAAUGUUAGACUGACCUGAAACAGCUUUGGUUUGUCCAUACACAAUAUACUGUAUGUACUGUGAAUCUGGUGUUUUGUGUUUUAAUGUCAUCCUUUAUAAGUUUGAAGGUGUGAAAUAUCAGUAGGCUAAGUAUUUUUCUUUGAUUUAAAUCUGUGUUUUUGUUUCUAGAAGUUUUACGUUUUGUCUGACCAGUGGAUAAUGCAUGAUUGUUUCUUUGUAAAAGGGAUGUUUUACCUGUCAGAUGUUGCCUUUGUGUUCUGUGACGUAAAUGUACACUAUCUUGCACCAAAGCGCAUGCACACCAUGUUGCACUUGAAUGGAGAAAUAAAGGUCAACAUUUUUUCUCAA